AUGAUCAAGCCUUAUAAGAGACACACCUUGUAUAAGCAAUUCACUAGAAAAUUUAGUGAAAGCUUAUUUACGAUUGAUGAGACUGACAAAGAAAAGGUCAUCGCGGCAUUUGCACAGAAAAGACUUAAGGAUCCAAGCUUUACACACACCUGGGAUUCGAAGAUGAAAUACGAUCGUGCGUGGUUGUGGAGAAGAGUACGAAGAAAGGUGUCUGCUCCUGAAGUGUUGCUUCCUCUUUUAAAAUCCUUGUUUCUUUCUUACGGCCCUCUGAAGUGCGCAAAAUCUGGAAGAGCACUGUUUGAUAAAAAAUCUUGGGAUCAAGCAGCUGCUGUCUUGAGAACAGUGCAGUUAGGCCAUGUGUCUGAUCCGCCAGAUGUACAAUUGUACAUUAAGACAGGAAAAUUGGACGAUCUCAAGCUGACACUCUAUAGAUGCAUCCGUGGAACAAACUCUUUAGAAGGCGGAGUCCAUCAGAACUUGAUUCGCAAGUUUGGAUCGUUUGGUGCUGGUCCAGAGCUGGCUAAUGCGAUGCUUACUGAAUACAGGCUGAGACAUAAUCUCGACGUGGGUUCAAAGAACAGGCAUUCAGUCAUUUACAAAAGCCAUUAUGAUCCCUGGCUAGUUCAGCAUAUUGAUCUCUUGCGUCAAAAAAUGGGAUUCAGUGCUGACACAAGAAACAUCGCUUUGUCUGUGAAUGCUUUGGAAUAUUGCGGUUCUGGUGAGCUCUUUGGUAUAUGCCCUUUACCAAAUGAAGAGAUGGUCAAAAUUGGUAUCUUGCCCUCUGAGAUCACGGAUGAGAGCUUGCCUCUUAUAGACAAAACAAUUCCACAGCUCCAAGACACUGUCUUCAUGAAAGUUGGGUCAACUUUGCGCUCACAUCUUGGCCGUUACAAGUUUGUUGCAAACAAUCAAUGUACAAAGUUUGCCGUGCUCGCUGUCCAUACGAUGAAGGAGAAAUCCGAAUUCAGGGUCAUUUAUGAAACUCACUACAAGAAUAGCAACAAUAGAAGGAUAAAUUUUGUUGAUUUUGCCAGCAAGUUCAAUGAAAAGGCCAACGGUAUUGAUAUAUUCUAUAAAACCACGGAUCAUCUCGAGAAGUAUUAUAAAGAUUUCGAAUUACAAGACGGAGUAUCCAAAACAGAGGAGAUUCAUCAAAUAGCUUUGAGACUCAUUGAGCAUCAAGUCGUCUCCACUAAUCAGCCUUCUCAACUACUGCCUGCAGCAUCACCAAGAAUACCAUCCAUCAACAAUAUUUUUGCUGUCGUUUCUGCUGCCACAAUUGAUGCACAAAUACCGCCGCCAUCUGUUUCAUCGCAACUGCUUCAACCGCAACCACAACAGCCACACCUACAGCACAAUGUCCUCCCUGCUGGCUACUAUUUCCAGCCAUCAUUGCCUGUUCCUAGCCACAGAUUACAAGAUGUCUUGCCCGUUCCUGAUCACAGGCCCCAAACUGCCUUGCUGGUCCCAACACACAGGUUCAUCUCACCUCGACUGCAGAUGUGCCAUCCACAUCCCUACCAGAAAGCACCAGUAAUAACAAAAAGGGUUACAGCAAGAAAGUGUAAAGGUUGUGGAAGUGAAGUCUGCAAUGGUAAAAACAAACGAACAGACUGUAGUAGUCCAAGAUGUUUGAAAUGUGCUGCGACAUCUGGCUGUCCAGGUAUCUGGGAUGCCAAAAAUUGCAACAGGUGA